CCCUCCCGGCCGCCGAGCGGGGGUUCCGGCCCCGCUCCACACGCGCGCGGCUCGCCCGGCCCCGCUCACCGCGCGAGUCCGCCGUUGCCUCCCGGCCGCGCCGCCUCCGACGGUGGGUCACAGCUAGACAGAGAACGAGGGCCAACCCCCUCCCGCCUCGGCGUCGCGCCCCAUUGGCUGCCCAGGCUUCGGCGGUGGUGCGAGGGCGCAGCGAUUGGCCCGAGGCCGCGUCAAUGACGGCGCCGAGAACCCCGCCUUCCGCCGGCGACUCCCUUCGGGCUGCAAGGCCGCGGGCCUGAGAAAGCCCGGGCUUGGGGACAGCCCGAGCCGCCAUCCCCGGACGCCAUCCCGCUCCCCGGACCCGCCACCCCCGAGGCCCAGCCGCCCCGAUACCUACAGGCCGCAACCGAGAGAGAGGCGAGCACGACGGCGACGUCCGUGCAGCGGAGAAACAGAGGAUAAUGGCGUCUGCAGCGCUGUCGCCUGGAGCGCCCUCCUCCUUUCUCGUUCGCGCACUCCGGAGUGAGGGGGAGGGGAAGAGGGGCACUCCUCUCGCGAGAUUUGAAAUGGCUGUUCACGUGUGUCGGGAGGGGGCGGCACAAGGGUGUUUCCGAGCCCCGAGGGCGUUUUGUGGGCUUGGAGGAGGGACGCCGGUGCGCGCCAAAUUGGUUGGUAAGAAGUGGAGGGAGGAGAAAGGCCCCCGAGCGGCAGAGGACGCUUAGCGGCGCACGGCGGCCGGUUGUGUCCUCUCGGAUCGCGCAGCUGAGCCAGCCAAGGCGGGAUGGCCAGGGUCAUUUCUCUGCAGUAAAGGUUUUGAGUACUCCACUGGCUCCACUUGAAAUCUUGUCAUCAGAUCUCAUGUCCUGCAAAGUGGUAAGUUUUUUUACAGACAUGUUAAACCUUAGAUAAGUUCUACCUCUUAAGUAAAGAUACUUAUCUUCAUCUCUGAAAGGAGCAGAUAUAUAGAUAUAUGAUUUGUCUUUAGUACUUUGUUAUUGCAUUAUUAUACUGAGAAAGACAGAUUUAAGUAUUCCUGACAACACAGUUGAAAAUAUUUAGGCAAACAAGACUUCUCAACCAGAGCUAGGUGGCCAACCAUAGUCAUAAAUUUUAAUAGAGUUAAAAUAUGAAGUUAAUUAUAGAUAUUUAAAAAACCUAGUGAACAUUAUUUGAGUAAAAUUUAAAUUAAUAGAAUCUGAUUAUUUGGAAAAUGAAGAUGGAGCUGCUGGUCACUGCAACCUGAGCAUCAGGCUCCUCAGGCUUCAGGCUCUUGGCGGUGGCUGAGGCAGCUGUAGCUUUGGCCAGGGCCUUGAUCUCUCCCAAGAGUGGGAGCUCUGGUGCCUCGCUAGCCUGGUGAGGCGAGACCUGGCUGUGAGGAACAGCAUGAGAGCAGUGCUAGCUCCUGGCAGCUACCAUGACUGGGAUCAUCCUGAGUGCUGGAAGGCCCCGAGACAACAUCAAAGCACCAUGAGGUAGGAAGUGAGUAAGUAGAUGGUGAAGUGAUGGGAGAGAAAGAAGUGAGCAGGUAGGUAGUAGAGAAAUAGAAGGUGAGUGGUUGGUGUGCUCUGAAGUGAGACUGUAAAGGAGACUUGAAGGUGGUUUCUCUUCUUGCCCCAUGGAAAAGGUGAAAUACAAUGCCCAUCAAGAGAGCCAGUAACAAACACAAGUACUAGUGAGCUCACGAGUCUUCCUUUGAGAAAACUGACCGCUGUAUGAGUCGCUGUGACUCCCAGAGCUGCAUCAUAGCCCAGGCAGAAGAGGAGACCUGCAGAAUGGAGACCACAUCUGGCUGGAAAUGCUCUGCUGUUUACUUCUCAUCAUUGGUUGUAGUAGUGGUUCAACUAUGAGACUGGGCAACUCUGUGUUGAAUUUCAGUUUUACUGUGCUGCGUCUAACUUUGGCCAGAGACUUAUUUCCUUUGGAAGCUUUGGACUGGACAAACACUUGACACCCAGAGGCCUCAUCCACUGCCUUGCAAAAGCACAAGCCACAAUUACUGUGUGCAAGUAUGGGGUGGAGAGAUGGGAGAGAAAGAAGCAGAACAGCUUGAGCAUUAUGAAGAGAGGCAGGUCUGGAGCCACGAGGGUGGAGAGAAACAGCCCAAUGUGGAUUUGUUUAAAGAAAUGAGUGUAUCAAGUGCUGUGUUGAGAGUUGAAACUUGGCUUUUGGCAACAUGGCAUGUUAAAGUGCCUCUAAUGUGGCUGGAAGCUUGUGUUAACUGGAUCCAAGAAGAAAAUAAUAACGCUAAUUUGAGCCAAGCACAAGUAAAUAAACAAGUGUUGGAGCAAUGGCUUCUUACUGACCUGAGAGACUUAGAACAUCCUCUCUUACCUAAUAACAUUUUAGAAACUCCAAAGGGAGAACUGAAUGGAUUUUAUGCUCUACAGAUCAAUUCCUUGGUUGACGUAAGUCAGCCUGCAUAUUCCCAGAUACAAAAGCUGAGAGGAAAGAAUACAACCAAUGAUCUAGUUUCAGCUGAAACACAGAUUACUCCAAAACCAUGGGAAGCAAGGCCUUCACGGAUGCUGAUGCUGCAGCUCACUGAUGGUGUCACACAGAUUCAAGGGAUGGAAUAUCAGUCUAUUCCAGCUCUCCAUGGGGGUCUUCCUCCAGGUACAAAAAUUUUGGUUCAUGGAUGCGUUUUGUUCCGUCUUGGUGUUCUCUUGUUGAAACCAGAAAAUGUGAAGGUGUUAGGAGGUGAGGUAGAUGGUCUUUCAGAAGAAUAUGCUCAAGAAAAAGUACUUGCAAGAUUAAUUGGUGAACUUGAUCCUACAGUCUCAAUCAUACCAAAUAAUUCUGAUCACAGUUUGCCCAGAGUUCCAGGGGGGUUAGAUCCUAUUUUGGGACCUUCAGAUGAAGAACUCUUGGCAAGUCUUUAUGAAAGUGAAGAGCCUGCAGCAGAUAAUGACGCAUCUGUGGAAGGAAGCCGUUUCGGCACAGGCAGUUCCUCAAAUACUACUCCCACGAGUCAGCCUAGUUUUGAGCCAGGAUGUGAUAUUUCUUCAAGGCAAAAGGAGAAGCCACCAAACCAAUCUGUGCCUUUCACUGAUGGAGAGUUUGAUGACUUUUCACUGGAAGAUGCCUUGCUCUUAGAAGAAACUGUGCAGAAAGAACAGAUGGAAACAAAAGCAUUGCAGCCACUAACUUUGAAGAAAAACACAGACAAAUGUAUAGAGAUAUUUUCACAUAAACCUAAUACUCUGAACCACACUGCUUUGAUUCAUAAACAAGGAAACAAGAAUUACAAUGAAAAAAAGUUAUCUGAACAAAUAAUUGAUGAAGACACAUUUUUUGGCUGUCCAUCUGCUAGAGUCCAUCAUAAGAGAUUCUUAGCCCAUGAUUUUACAAAUGACAGCAAGACUUUGGAGGUAGAUAACACAACAAAACUAAACAUUGACAGUUCAGAUGAGCAUUGCUUAAGUAAUACAAUGUUAAAUAGAAAACUAGGAACCUGUCUAUCAGAAAAGAGUUCAGAGAUUUCUAAUGAAAAUGACUACCCUUUACAGGCUUGUUCUUCAAUAUCAUUUGAAAAUAAUACUGAUCUUUAUAUUGGCAUGGACUUAAAUUCUCCACCCUUUAUCUAUUUGUCUGUUCUAAUGGCCAGAAAGCCAAAGGAAGUUACCACUGUGAAAGUCAAAGCAUUUAUUGUCACUUUAACUGGAAAUCUCUCAAGCUCUGGGGGCUCUUGGGGUGUAACUGCAAAGGUUUCUGAUGGUACGGAAUAUCUAGAUGUAGAUUUUAUAGAUGAAAUACUUACCAAUAUGAUAGGGUUUUCGGUACCAGAAAUGAAACAAUUAAAAAAGGACCCUCUUAAAUAUCAAAAAUUCCUAAAAGGAUUACAAAAAUGUCAACGAGAUCUGAUAGACUUGUGUUGUCUAAUGACUAUUUCAUUUAAUCCUUCUUCAUGGAAAGCCGUGGUUCUUGAAUUGCAGGAUGUUGGUGUGGAGCACCUUGAGAACCUAAAGAAGCGGCUGAAUAAAUAAUUUGCUAAAAUAUUAUUGGAGUACACUAAUUUUUGGAAUUCUGUAAAAGAAGAAAAAGCUUCACAGCUUAAAAAUGAGUGAGAUGGUUCA